ACUAGUCGAAAACCCCUAAAGAAGGUCUGCUUUUGGCAAGCGUACAUUUCAACUUCUUAUGCACGCUCUUACAGUUAAAAUGCUUGCCUUAUUACUUAUCCAAAUUUUCUGCAUAAUGGGAACAAUGGGAGUCCACGGGAGCAAUAGCACGGAGUCAUCCGAGUGUUUAAACCGAACCACGGGUGUCACCGUGAGCAGUACCAGGGAGUCGUCCACAUGUUUACACUUGUCACCAUUCUGCACCAAUCCAUUUGAUGACUUAUUAAGCAACCCAUGUGGGCACGAUAACGAAAAACGCUACAUGUAUGACGCCGCUAAGGGCAAGUGUAAACGGAUUUUUGGAAUCCCUUGCAACGACAGAAUAUCUACUUAUUUGAAGCUUCGGUACUGCCUGCUGACGUGCCCACUGGACUCACCGUGCAUAAAAGAACCGGAAAAUGGAACUGGACAAGGAAUUUCUUACUACUUUGAUAAGCAAGAAGGCACGUGCUACUCACAAAAACAAGGUUACACUGACUACGAAAAAAGGAAAGAACCAUUUUCGUAAUAUCACAGAAUGUGAAAACGCUUGUUCUCCGGAUUACCGAUGAUCUGAUGUAUUGUUGUUUUCCUUCCUUGUGUACAUUCGCUUAUAAUAAAUUUUAAUCUGG